GAAUUGCCUAAGCCUUAAAACCCCAAGAGUAUCACAGCACUGUAGGACAGGCAGCACAAUGUUGAAUAGAUCUUUGACUUCGGGCUUAAGGCCUGUGGCCAACCUGCGGACGUCGCUUGCAAAGCCCGUUAUCCAGUACAGACGCUUCAGCAUAUCUCCUGCACACAGUAAGUUAAUUGAAGAAAAGUGCAACACUUAUAAUGCAGGUAGUUGACAAUCUACAAGGUUUUAGUGCUGUGUUCGCCGAGACCAAAAAUCCCCAAUUGAAUGAAAUUCUUACCGAAAUUCAAGAGAAGAUCAUUCUCCCUGCCCAUCUACCCGAGAAAGCGAGGAAGCUUGUCUUCAACCCUGAGAAGAGCGACUACAUCCAGCGAAAUCCCGUCACCAUCGAAGUCGAUGGGCUCGAGCACACUUUUAAGACCAUCAACCGAUUCCACGAUGUCCCAAACUCGAUGAAGGCUUUUGCAGAGGCAACAAAGCUCAUGCAAACCAAAGAGGAGUGGGAUAACAUAAGCACACUGCUUGCCGGCUAUAAAAAAGCUGGAAUUAAACUCAAACGCUGGCAUGCCGACGCCGUGACUCGACGUGCAGGCUAUCACGGGCAGCCGUAUGUUGUCAUUGAAUGUGCCCAACAAGUUGAGAAGACCGGACUAUGUCUACAUCGCGACUGCACUGUCAUCCUGCUGUUGGCGUCUAUCAACCACAAGAUCAUAUCCCCGAAAGGAAAGGAGAGCGAGACGCAACAGGCUCUGAAGUGGAAUAAGAUGGUCUGGGAUAUCAUUCAGCGCCCUGAGCACCUUGCCAAGAACACACCCCCUCGUCGUCAGCCUCAUAUGAACCCCGUUAUCCGGGGUAUGAUUCUCUUCUCCCAAACAUCUGCAGUCAAGGAGCAACAGGCAGCCGGAGCGCCAGUGGAUGAUUUGAUCCGAGAGCUUCGAGACAAUGUUGAGUUUAUAACCAGCGCAUGGGCUGAACGAGAAUCCGAUGACCUAACAAAGUCACCCUACCUGAAUCCGCUUAACAACCGAGUCAAGCCUAACAGCGAUCAUUACGUACCCGAAAGGCAACACGUUUCUCCUUUCAACUACAUCUUGACUCUUACCGAGAACAUAAGGGCGAUAGAACUAGCACAGGAGAUCAUCGGUGACGAUGCCAAAGACCUGCAGCCUAUUCACGAUAUUAUGGAACAACACAUCGAAGAUUUUCUUAUGAUGAGUCCUGAUAAGAACUCUUUUGGCUGGGACAUGGCGUAUGAGAAAGUCACAGGUCGACAGCCUGGCUGGAAGCAACACUUGCCUGAUGCGCCCCGCCCUAGAAACGUUGUAGAGGAUAACUAGUCACAAAUAUUCAUGCACUCUGAGAAGACAUGGGGUCAACAUGAGGACAAUCUGUCACGGAUA